AUGGCAAGUCUUAAAGAUAUUUCAAGGUAUAAUAGUGAGACAGUUUCUAUUAUAGUUGCUCAAUCAAUUCAAAAAGAUGGACUUGAUACUACUAAAUGUAUCUUAUGGGUUACUGAUAAUACAGUAUAUAUGACAAGUAAUAAAAAGGGUGGUGUAGCUUUUUUAAUAAAAAAAACUGGUUCAAAUGCUCAUCGAAUUGGUUGUGGGUUUUAUAUUAUGCAAAUUAUACUUAAUCACUUUGAACAAGAAGCAUUUGGUAAACUUUUCAAUUCUAUUGGAUUUUCUCGAAAAUUGCAUCCAUAUAAUCUCUUAUAUUGGCAUGGAAUUUAUAUAAUGGCUAUAAAUCUUAAUGCAUCAAUAAUUAAAGAUUUAUAUGAUAAAUUAAUGGAUUUCAUUAUAACCAGUACUGAUUGCCUCUUUAUUCUCAUUGUGAUUAUGAAUUAUGAAUAG